AUGCCCACGGACCGUCAAGAUGACAUGAUUGACGAGAAGGAAUGCAGCUCCGAGAACGUGGAGAGCUAUGCGAUAAUCACUACCAUCGACAACAUUCAAGUGCUGGGUCUCGCGUCCGAGGAUGGAGACUUCUAUCGCAACUUCCCACCGGAGAGGAGGAAGCGAAUGGUACAGAAGAUCGACAUCAGACUAAUUCCCAUGCUCGCCGUCCUCUACUUGAUAUCUCACCUCGAUAGAGCUAAUAUUGGAAAUGCGAAGAUCUUGGGCUUGGCGGAGGACUUGGGCUUAAGCGGCAUCCAGUAUAAUAUUGCCCUGAGUCUUUUCUUCGUCCCCUAUAUUCUGCUUGAGGUGCCGAGCAACAUUGUUCUGAAGCGUUUCACCCGGCCCUCAAUCUACUUAGGUAUAUUGAUCGUCACCUGGGGAUCUAUCAUGACUCUGACAGGCGUCGUGAAGAACUUCGGCGGGUUGUUGGCCAUGCGGUUGUUGUUAGGAAUCUUCGAAGCCGGAUUCUUCCCUGGAUCGGUAUAUCUAUGCUCGCUUUGGUACAUGCCCCGCGAACUCGGUACACGUGUUGGCGCAUUUUUCUGCGCCAGCGCACUAUCCGGUGCAUUUUCCGGCCUCCUUGCUGCGGGUAUCAGCAAAAUGGAUGGAAUUGGUGGCUACGCUGGUUGGCGGUGGAUAUUUAUUAUCGAGGGCCUUAUCACUGUCAUCUUGGGGAUUGCGUGCUUCUUCCUGCUCAUCGACUCGCCCCGACUAUCGACUAGGUGGCUUGACCAAGAUGAGAUUCGGUACAUGGGAAUCCAGCAAUUUAUCAAAGAUGGAGGUCAGCUCAGGGAAGAGCAGGAAAAGACCACAUUGAAAGAUAUUUGGGGAGUCAUGAAGAAUUGGAGGCUCUAUUUGCUGGCGUAUAUUAUGAUGUGCCAGUCUGCUUGCAACUACGGUCCGAACCAAAUUCACCCUCCCCUCCGUAACAAAAGCUAUGGGCUUCCAAAACACCAAUGCACAACUGAUGACGGUUCCCCCUUCAUCGCCGGCGCAAUAUCCGCUAUUGCCUUCACCAACAUAUCUGAUCGGUAUAACUGGCGCUUCCCAUUCGUGGCAGCCCCGUUAAUCCUUAUAAUCAUCGGGUACGCAAUAAUAAUCGGGCUCAAGGGCCAACUAGAAGCACACGUCGGCGCCGGGUUCUUCGCGAUGAUCGUCGCAUGUAUGGGUAUCUACCCGACCUAUCCAGCAACAGCCUCAUGGGCAAUCAACAAUCUCGCGCCCUCGAAGCGCCGUGCGAUCGGGAGUGCAUUGAACAUCUGUAUGGGAAAUACGGGUGGGAUUAUUGGGAGUUAUAUGUAUCUUGACCGGGAGAGUCCGACGUAUCUCACAGGGUUUGGGCUGUCAUUAGCGUUUGGGAUUUCCGGCCUGCUUGUGGCGUGUAUAGUGGAAUUGUCGUUUGCGUAUGCGAACAGACACAAUGGGAGGUUGUCGGAGACGGAGGUCCGGGAGAAGUACACUGAUGAGCAACUUCUGUCCUUGGGUGACAGGUCGCCGCUUUUCAGGUACUUGUUAUAA